AUGGAGCGGCCCUCGAGCAGCAGCCAGGGAACGCUUUGCGAGCCGCCUCGGCCGACUUUCGUGUGCGACGCACUGGACGAGAAGCAGCUGACGACCUCCCUGCCCUUCAAAGUUCAAGUGCGGGUGCUCGAUGAGAAAGCCGAGGCGAUGUCGUCGUUCCAAGGCGACAUCAUGCUGCUCGCGAUUUCGCGCCGCACGUGCCUCGCGGAGGGGUUCGAGCGCAAAGCACUGGGGCGAUGGCAGCCCGCCUCGAGCCCACUCCACCACGAGAGCCAGUACUCCCACGGUUUCGACUCGGAGGUGGCGGCGCCCGGCUCGAGCCACAGCCUCUACCUGAGCGGCGGCAACGACGCCAACUUUGGGAUGACGCUCAAACUGCCAGCGACCGCGCUCGAGGCCGAGCCUCCGGAGCACUCGCCUGUGGCGGGCGGCGGGCCCGGCGAGUCCGAGUACGAGGACGCGGCGGCGCUGAACGGCAAGUUCCAGCCGGACGCGGUGUCCUUCUACGUGCGCACAGACAACAGCCUCGCGGACGCGGGCCACUUCAUCCUCGGCGAGAGCAACGAGGUGAACCGGCGCGUCGCGCAGUUUCAGUUUACGCGCGACGGCAAGAUGGGCCUUCUGGGGACAGGGGGCACGACCCACGGCGCGACGCCGUACGAGAGCAACCGGUGGUACCACGUGAUGCUGUGCUUCGACUGGAAGCGCAAGACCGUCGCCUUCUCCGUCGACGGAAAGCUGCUGCAGCGCUCGGUGCCCUUUCGGCGCGAGGCGUCCAACUUUAUCGGCGCGUGCGCGCUCGGCAACCGCGACCGGUGCACCACGUGGUUCGACUCGAUCCGGUUCGUGCAGGAGACGACGCUCAACCGCGUCGCGGUCUCGAUCGUCGACGGCGUCGCCGAGACGUGGCUCGGCCCGCUCGGCGAGGACGAGGAGGGGCGCUCGCUCGCGGCGCGAGACGGGUUUGUGCUACGCGCGGAGGAUGCCGACGGGCAGGUGUCGGAGCUCGCCGGCCCCUACCACCCGCUCUGCCGGAUCGAGGGGGCGCAGCGCGUCGCGAUCAACAACGCCGCCCUCGCCGACUUCAACACCUUGCUCGCCGACGACGCCAGCGCCGACGUCACCUUUGUGGUUGGCGGGCGAGACGUGCCGGCGCACCGCUGCAUCCUCGCCGCGCGGUGCGAGACCUUCCGCCGAAUGUUCAACUCUUCGAUGCGCGAGGGGUCGCGCGAGGAGGGACAGCGCGUGCCGAUCGCCGAGGUGUCGCACGCGGCCUUCUCCUGCAUGCUGCAGUACAUCUACAGCGGCGCGGUCGCCGUGCCAGAGGAGCUUGCCCUCGAGCUGCUCGGCCUCGCGGACCGCUACCUGCUCGAGGGGCUCAAGCUGCUCUGCGGCUUCACGCUCACGCGCAUGGUCUCCGCAGACACCGUGGCUCCCAUCCUGCAGGCCGCCGACCGGUACGACUCGCCGUCGUCGCAGCUCAAGGCGCACUGCAUGCAGUUCGUCCUCUCCAACUACGAGGCGGUCGUCAACUCGCCCUCCUUCGAGGAGCUCACCUCGAGCCCGCAGCUGCUGCUGGCGGUGACGCGCGCCGCAGCCAAGGUGGUCGCCCCGUCCGGCAGCUCACGACAGAUCUCGUGGGACUCGGACGGCGCGCCGGGGAGCAAACGCGCUCGACACGCGUGAGGACGUGGCGCGCGCCAGAGGGCGCGGUGAGGGGAGGGAAGGGCGAGGGAAGGGCGGGGCGUAGCCGCCGCGCUUAUGUACCACAAUUGGGGAGGGGGAGCGGCCGCCUUGGAGGCCUCGUGUAGACACGCGUGGGCCAGAGUGCGAUGGUGGUGAUGAUACAUUCAUGCUGUGAGCCUGUG